AAACUAGUAGCGAGAAAAAGAAACGUGGCCCUACGGGAAUGAAAGAUAUAACACGUUUUAGUAGUGAGGGACGGAGAAUGGUUAUUCAGUACAAUGAACUAGGUCAACCGAUUGGACCGAAUGCAACGAAGUUGAAGAGUUUUAUUGGAACGGCCGUAAGGUUUCACGUUCCUAUCACGUACUCUACUUGGCAUGCUGUUCCAAUGGAGAUGAAGGAGAAAAUUUAUGAAUUGAUUGAGGCCGGCUUCAUUCUUGACCCCAAGUCGAAGAAAAGCAUACUUCAAAACGUGGGAGUAUGCUAUCGUGGGUUCAAGUCGAGAUUGACAACUACGUACGUACUUCCAUUUAAGGACGAUGUGAAGAAAUUAAAGCACCCACCAGCGGAAUACUCAUUCAUCGAUCAAGACCAUUGGGAUGAAUUUGUGGCUUCACGGUUGAAGGAAGAUUUUGGAAAAAAAAGUGCAGACGGUAAACUGAAAAGGAGCCUGUACAAAUACAACCAUAGAACAUCUCGCAAGGGGUAUGCAAAUUUGGUUGAGGAGUUGCGUGCAUCUUCUUCGUCAGAUCAAAUAGAUCGAUCGAUAGUAUGGAAACAUGCACGGUUGGAUCGUAAGGGAGAGUUCCCAGAUAAAGAGACGAUGGACGUUGCCAAUCUCAUUGACGAUCUAAUGGGCAACCAGAAGGGACGUAGUUUAUCUGGUGGUGACGAUGUUCUCACCCAGGCAUUGGGAGGGAAAGAUCGUCCGGCAUACUCCGAGGCGUGGGGAAGUAUGUGACUAAGAAACAAUAUUUCCAUACCCCGAACGAAUGUAAUGAAGGUAAUGAGGAGAGGACAGUGUAUGAGGAACGUGAUCAAAUGGCGAAACGAAUUAUCGAGCUAGAAGCGGAGUUGCAUAGAAUGAAAAAAGAUGAGUGUGCAAAAGGAGAUGAUGGAGAAGAAGACCCUAGUAUGUGUUCGAAAGGAACACCAUCAGUUCAAGGGGUUUCAGAUGAUGAGACUGAAGACGUUAAAUCUGAUUUAGUACCAGAUAAAGCGGCUGAUGUUGUGACAGAAGUGAAGAAAGAAGAAAAUGUGGGGGACACAAGAUCAAGUGACUUGAAGGUUGGAACUCCGUGUAUGCUUGCGUUUGAAACUGAAGAUACUAUCAUUGCACAUGGGACAAUAUUUGAUGCUGAAGGUGACGGUGAGAACAUCAAGGUAUCAGUGGAUGUUGUUCUCGAUGGCGAUUGUGUGAUUCCAAAUCAGACAAAGGAAGGAGUCACGAAACUUACGCAUGAAGUCGGAUCACAUUUAAUGUGGCCACGACAUCUUGUUCUUACUAGGAAUGAUAUGAAGGAAACUGUGGGCUUCAAUACGGAUCCGUCCACAUUCUCCAGUGCAGCAUAUCUACGUGCUCCAGUGGCACUCCGGUGUUUGGUUAGACUCGUUGAACAUAUGGGGUCAUCGAUUCAACUAAACACGCCUUUAGAGCUAUUCGGUGUGAAGAGAAAAUGUUGCAUUAUGGUUGAGUCACUUAGGGAUUUCUCGUCAAUGCAGCCAAUAUGCACAUCAUGCCUAGAUGCUUACAUGAUGUACCUUCACACAAUUAUGGUACAAGGACGAAGUUCAAGCUUGUUCAAGUUCAUGGAUGCCGGAUCUGUAAGUUACUCGAGUUACAAACAAUCGCGUGCGCAGUUGUUGAAUGCUCGACUUCUCGGAGCCGAGUAUGACCAAGUCGUAUUGUUCCCAUACAACUCUGUCAAUCACUGGACAUUGGUCGUUGUUAAUCCUACAAAGGGUGCUGCAUAUUGGAUUGACCCGUUGAAGAAUCGGAUUGACGGAGACAUGAGUGAAGUGCUUCAGAUGUCAUUCGAUAUAUCAAAGAAGAAAAAACCGAGUUGGAAGGUUGUUAAGUGUCCCAAACAAAAUGGGGUGGUAGAAUGCGGGUACUAUGUUAUGCGAUUCAUGCGGGACAUAAUUUCUGCUAGGAGUACUUCGAUUGUAGAUGUCAUAAAAAGUUUACCUCCUACGUACUGUCAAGAUGAAAUCAAUGAAGUUAGAUCGGAAUUGGCGGAGUUCCUUUCUAAGCACGUACAUCGUGCUUAGCACCAGAUUAGGAAAGAACAUUUUUUGAAGUAUUUUGUGGGGUUUUUUUGUUAAUAUAAUUUUGUGUUACCCCAACGACACACAAGAAAAUGUUAAGCGCAUUCUUUUGAACACGACACACAUGAAUGUGUGUUUGCUUAUAUGUUUCUUAGGAAGAGUUCGAUAUAUAUGUGACUGGUUCAUGGAAUUUUGGUAUUUGGUGCCAUACUGCAUUGGGAUAUGAAUCUUCUUGCAAUCAAAUAGCUGCUAAAGUACUUCGGUCUUCCAAAAUAUGGACAGCUUUGUCAUACACAUGGGAUAAUGCUGGGCACUUCAUUCAAGUAAGACGGUAUACACCUACAUUGCCGCAAACCAACAAUGAAUGGUAUGUCAAUACAUGUUCAACUGGAGUGGACAACCAUCAAAUAUCAUUUCCAGAAACGAACAUUCUCGGUUGGUCCAGUCAAAUAUAUUCGAAUGCUAUUUAAAAUAUUUUUUGAUUAAGGCCUAGUAUUUUGUACAUGUGGAUUAUUGAAACAUUGUAUUAAGAUGUACAAAUAUUAUAAAUCGUAUUAUAGUGUAUAUAUAUUAAAGUGUUGGCU